AUGUCUUUAAAUUUCAUUCGCUUUUCCCUCUUCUUCUGGGGCUUACAUCACUUGACAUUGGCGGUGCGUGUGUUGAAUUAUCAUGUGCUUGAAGAGCAGCAGGCCAAUACUUACGUUGGCAAUGUAGCUAACGACAUCAUUGGUCCAAAUAAUGGUGAUUACUGGUUCCGUUUUCUGACUCAAGGCAACCAAUUCACCGAUCUUUUCCAUAUCGGAAAAACGACAGGCAUUAUAACAACUGCUGUACCUAUUGAUCGGGAACAUGUCUGUGACAGUAAUUUGGGUAAAGGUGAUAAGAAUCGGGGCUUGUGUAUUCUUAAUAUGAACGUCGCAGUACAGUCAGAAAGUGAUCCACGCUUUUUAGAUAUGCUAAAACUUAAAAUUCAUGUUGACGACAUCAACGAUAAUGCGCCGUUCUUCGAUAAAGAAGAAGUUUCGCUGGAAAUUCUUGAAUCGACUCCAGUGAACACAUUAUUCACAAUCGAAGAUGCUCGGGAUUUGGACACGGGUGGAAACAAUUCUGUUAGAUAUUACGCACUUCUAAAUGAUUUGGAUAAGUUUAGUUUGAUUGAGCAAGAUGGAUACCUGGAAGGCUUACUUCUAAAAAGUAAGCUCAAUCAUGAAGAGCAGGAUUUUUAUCAACUAAAUAUCGUGGCUAAGGAUGGCGGUAUUCCGCAGCGAAGUGGUUACGUCGUUGUCAACGUAACUGUCAUAGAUGUCAAUGAUAACGCUCCGAGUUUUAAUAAAAAAUCUUAUAAUGUUUACAUCCACGAAAACCAGCCAGUUUCUUCAACUGUGCUCACUUUAACAGCACACGAUCCAGAUUCAGGCCCGAAUGGGCAAGUUGGCUACAAACUUUAUCACAGAACACCACAGUAUAUUAAGGAUAUUUUCAAAAUCAAUGAAACAUCGGGCGAAAUCAUUCUGAAUAAAAAGGUAGAUUAUGAAGAAAGGCCGAAAUAUUUAUUCAAAGUUAUUGGCUUUGAUCAUGGCCUUCGACCUCGUUCAGCCACUGCUCAAGUAAGCGUCAAUGUAGUCGAUAUUAACGACAAUAAACCGGACAUUAUCAUCAAUCUUUUGUCCCUUGGCUAUGCAGCAAAUGUGUCCGAAUCUGCGUCAACUGGGAAGUUAAUUGCUCACGUUUCAAUCAAAGAUACGGACGAAGAGCAAAAUGGAAACGUUAGCUGUUCGAUUAAUGAUCAUCAUUUCACACUUCAGACGUUUUUCUAUAAAGAAUACAAAGUGGUCAUUUCCAAACCAUUGGAUUUUGAGAAGACCUCUGUUCACAAUGUCACGAUCAAAUGUCAUGAUCACGGCACGCCACAACUCCAUAACGAGAAGAGCUUCUUAGUUCUAGUCACUGACGAAAACGACAAUCCGCCCGUGUUUGAACAGUCAUUCAUCAAAACUCCAAUGACAGAAAACAACAAUUUUCUCGAAUAUGUCACUAAGGUGACAGCCAGAGAUAACGAUACAGGAAUGAAUUCCGAAAUUCACUACAUGCUUCACGAAGAUGGCAAGUCCUGGUUUAACAUCGAUCACCAGACCGGCGUCAUUACUGCUAACAAGCAAUUUGACCGGGAAAGCAAUUCUGAAAUUGAGUUCAGAGUUCUGGCAGUUGAUUCUGGCAAUCCAGCUCUAACUGGCACGGCCACUGUUCUCUUGAAUAUCCUUGAUAUUAACGAUGAAGCACCGACAUUCAAAAAGAAACAUUACGAAUUCCACGUGAAAGAGGGACAGGCACCCUUUACAUUCAUUGGGCGUGUCGAUGCCCAAGAUUUAGACCAUGGUGAAAAUGGAAGGUUGAGAUACUGGACUUCCAAAAACUAUGAGGCGUCUCAACUUUUUAUGGUCACUGACGGAAUAUUAAAAACAAAAGCGACAUUGAGUCGCAUGAAGGGUCAGAGAUACGACUUUAUGGUUGUCGCAGCCGACCAUGGAAAAAAGCCGAUGAGUUCAUCAACUAAUGUCACGGUUUUUGUUGAUGACAUUAAUGACAAUUACCCAUACAUUAUUUAUCCAUCAGAUACAAACAAUUCCAUUUCCGUCGUGUUUGAAAUGACGACAACAGACCGACCAAUUGCAAGGGUCAUUGCCCAAGAUGACGAUGAAGGUGACAACGCCAUGUUGUCUUAUUUUCUGAAAAAUACUCCCGAAACGACUGGAUUGUUUCGGAUAAAUCACACAUCGGGAGAAAUAAUGCUGAUUAAAAAUUCUAAUGUUCAUUUACGGAAUAAAGCGUAUACUCUGUCUAUUGUGGUUCAAGACCACGGAAAACCGUCAAAAAGCACUCCUGCGUUUCUUAUUGUUAACAUGAGUCUCGGAAACAGCACAAGGGUGGCAUUUGGGAAAAUGGGGCCGGACGACGGACGAAAUUUGACAAUUGUCAUCGUCCUUGGGGCUGUUACUGUUGUUCUUGCCACGUGUAUUGUCAUCACAAUCUGUAUCAUUAAAAAGGUAGACCAGAACAGGCGACGCUAUCCCGCAAAAAUGCACGAAGAUGCUCGCCGAAAAUCGGAUAGCUCUCCAGAUUCUGAGAGACUGAAACAUAAAAAAGAAGUAAGCUUUUCAUUGGAUGGAGCCGACCCUACCGGAAAAGGUUCUGUCAGCUCCUUAGCCAGUAAUACGACGGUGAAGAAUCCAGGAGCAUUUUUCGCUCCGGAAUUACCUUCCUUGCAGGUAAGUCUAUCAGUUUUUAUCAUUCUUCCUAAGAAAACGUUGUUGAGCAGAUUUUUCUUUCACUGA